AUGAAGGUGGCUUCAUGUACUAGAAUAAACUUAAACCUAGAUUUAGUUGUAAGUUCCAAGAUCCUUCCUAAGCGUGCCUAUUGUGAUGCUGUGCGCCCUAGUAAGGAAGUCUUCAGCUAUGUCCUUGAGGAGAGGCUCAAGACGUGGUCCUCAUACCUGGAUGCCGGAAGGGAUGACAUCCAAAUUCCCCGGCAAGCCAUCGACCUGAAAUCUCUUGUGAACGAGACUCCUCGCUUUCUCGCAGAUGGCAUCGGUUCUAUUGAAGAGCCGAUUUCGUUUGCAUGUGAGGAGAAGCAGUCAGCGCAGCGGAGAGAAAGCCUGCUCAUCAAUGGCCGAUCAACAUGGAGAACUUCCGGAGGAAUAUGUGACCUACCACCCAAAGUCCUGCCAAAGAGUCUUCCCCUGGCAGUCAGCAGUCGAUUGAGUGUGACAUUAUCAGAGAACGCUCCCCUCUCGGACUGGCCUGGAGUACGGGGAUUGACGGACUACGAUACGGGAAACUUUCUGUCAGUCCUCUAUUUUGCAUGGGCUUAUAUACUGUCUGCUCGAUGGGUCUACACCUCGGAAGUCUUGAAACGUCCAAUGCCGCAGCCAGACAACAAACACACGGUUCAUGUUGACAUUGGCGAUAAUGCGUCUGAAGAGGAGAUCUUGUGGUGGCGCGCGAUCUUGAUUCCUGAAAAUGGAUGGGAUGCAACCGCCAAGUACAAUGGUCAUGUCUAUCUGUCGCCAUGGUCAAUUUCGGUAAAGAAGACAGGAUUAACCCUGGCCAGAAAGCCCUCUUUAGGCACCAGGUUAGAGCCCCUGGGAUCGACUACUGCUCUCGAAUAUCUCUCUCAUUUCUGUGUCUACCAUCGUCUUUAUGCUCAAUGUUCAGUCGCGCUUGCUGGUGCACUCUACAUUUUAUUCAUGAGGGGGAAGACGGUUUCCCUUCCACUUCUAAAACAACCUUGUCAACUCAGAGUACCGCAGAGGCUAGGUGGCUCCUCUCUCUCUAUUUCAAAUCUUCUCACUGAGCAUACCAACCUCCUUUCCAAGUACAUGACAUUGAGUUGCAAUAUAUGGGGGUUGCGAUCACUCCUGUACAGCACCUUUUUCAAUCUAGAUAUCGAGUGUAACCUGGUCAGUGCCUGGCUGAAUCCGGCUUUUGCGGUCCUCGACUCUAUCUCGUCUACAGAAAGCUCACUGGCCACUCUUUUGACAAAUCGGCAGCCUCGACUCAGAGUUCUCUGGUUAGGUGCAAUCUUCACAGAUGUGGCAGGGUCUGUCUUGCGCGACAUACGAGUGGGAAUGGCAGCUUUGGAUCUUCCAGCCUCUGCCUGGGCGGGCGCAAUACAGACAUUCUUGACCUCCAAAAUGGAAGGCAGUGAUGGCGAGUCUAUACGCCGUGAGGAUGAAUGUCGGUUGUUAUUCAUUACUGCUUCCGAAGGCCAUGAUCGACCUCCCGUCUGGCCGUGGAAGCCCUUUGGUGAUACCCAAUUCUGUGAUGCAGAUAUUGCGGUUCGACAACAUGCUCAAUGUGCCGUCCAUUGCCUGGAAUACGAAUCUUGGCAAUGGAUACUAUCGGACAACCGCACAAUUCAAGACUUCAGAAGAGGGAAUAGCCAUGCUGAUCAAGGAAUACCUCCAUCCCUCAAUAGUACAUCAGUUGCGCUCGAAAGCAUAUACCAACAUUCAUGGUUUGAUUUGGAAGGCACUGACGAAGACUUUGAGGAUACAGAAUCAGACGUGGCAAUGGAUUGUCAUGUUGAAGAUUGGCUUGACGGUAUUGUUUCUUCUGUGCUGGGUUAG